AUGCCUACGAUCUUUAAAGACUACUGUAAAACUUCUACUCUUCAUAUAGUUAGACACAUUGGGGACUCUGAAAAGACAAUUUUGGAAAGAUGUCUUUGGUCCCUGGUGUUGGUGGUGUUCUCUGCUAUGUUGGUUCGUGAUCUGCUGGAAGACUGGGAUAUCAUGAGGAACGGACCUCUAAGAGUGAUUGUGGAAGAACCUCCUGUCAAUGUGGGCAAUUUAGACUUUCCUUCCAUCACCAUAUGUCCCAACAACGCUAUUGACCCUGACAAGAUGAAAAUUCUUAUCAAAAGAGUAUUAGGUCCCAACAUAGAUGCCGAGACAACAAAAAGAUUCAUUGGAACUCUGACAGCGCUGACGUUGGUAAUCAACCCCCAGUUUGAUAAGGGAUAUCUUCACCUCACCAAGAAGAAAAUCAAACCGUUUCCCAUCAAGAGUGAUGACAUCAUUCCAUUCCUGAAAGCAGUAAUACCAUCAUUGCAAGAUGUGUUUGACAAGUGUUUCUGGAGAGGAACACAAUUCAACUGUUCAGAUCUUUUAAGAGAUCAGAUCACAGAACAAGGGUUUUGCUACUCCUUCAACAACUUCUUUUCUGUGAGAUACAAACACGACUCGGAGAAAUUACCUCCUUACUUGGAUGGAAAAAGCAACUUUUUUGGUCUGAGAACCGAUUCUCAUGGAAGAUCUAAUGGCUUGGAAUUACUUUUAAACCCAAAAGCCAAUAUGUCCAGGAAUGAAAUCAUGUUUACUGCGGUUCUCAACAGCCCGCGUAUCAUUCCACCCACCAACAGCAUGAGGCCCAUCCGUCCUCGGCCCACCAUGGUCUACAGGGUGCAAGUGGAGAUAGAAGUGAACAAUGUGGACAAGUCACUGCAGGAAAUGAACCCAGCAUCCCUUCCAUGCAAUCUUCACUCCAACGAGCCUAUGGAGAACUGUCUGUUCCGGUGUCGCCAUCAUCAUAUCUUCCAACACUGCAACUGUGUGCUCUACACUCAUGCUGUGCUCUACUGCAACGAGAGUGUCGCCAUAUGUGGGGUUUCUCAUUUGAAAUGCAUUUUUGACAUUGCUGGGAGUUUGAACUAUAUUCGCUUAGAUUUACCCCCCGGAGUUCCCACAUUUAAUGACUCCAUGGGCAUGGAGUGCAACUGUAAACCUACCUGUUCUGAUGUGACAUACCUUGCCACCUUCCAGACCACACCAAGGGAGACUGAUGUUGCUGCAAUGAACUAUUCUGCAUACAUCGAUGUAUAUUAUUUUUCCAACUUUGCAAUGGGAUACUUGAAGAGAACCAAAUUGACAGAAGUGGAUGUGAUUGUGGGUCUCGGAGGCACUGGUGGCUUGUAUUUGGGAGCCAGCUUCAUCAGUUUUGUGGAGAUUAUUGUCGUGACGAUGAAAAUAAUCAUGUGGUACCUCAACCCAAAUAGGUGUAAACCAAAAAGGAAAGUUAAAAAUGCUAAUUAAUAAAUAAAGGAAACUGUCAUUACGGCGACUUGUAAUAAUGACAUUCUUUCUUUCUUAUUACUGUAUAACCUAUUUUUAAUAAUGUGGGGUAAAAUCAGCAAUAUGAGGGAACAUGGGUUUGUAAGACUUUCCACAAACUUUAAAAACAAUUUUCAACUUUUUUAGA